AUGCUGGCCCGCCUGGCUGCCCUCUUCUUGGGCGACGAGGCAGCUGCGGGUGUAUGUACACCGGAGCAUGAGCGCAAACUGGGAGCUGUGUCGCCGGCGCCUUCGUGGGUAACAUCCAGAGGCUUCGCUUCUGUCGGGACGCCCGCGGUCGCCCAAGUUUCAGCACACACAGACCUGCGGCCGACCUACACCAGUGCGUCUCCCCGCCAGAUAACGCCGACGAGUCCGCUCCAGCCGGACACCGCCACUGCUGCCUUCCCUCAGAUUGUUCGGGUCAAGGAUCCGGAAACCGCCUCUUCACCCCGCAUAGCUGCUUUCAAUGCCAACUCAGCUGCAGGGAGAGCAGCGUGUCCCCUGUCGAGAAGUCGAGCAGCGCCUGCCGUUCAGACGCCCCCUCUCGCUUCUCCGCAGGAGCCCACACAUGAACAGAAGGCAAUGGACCUGGAGCGCGCAAGCAACGCUUCGCCUCCGUACGGCUGUUCUAUGCGUGUGAAUGGUUCGCAGCAGAGACGACCGCGUGAAGACGUUGAUAGCUGCCUUGCUUCUCUGCCGUCCGCUAAUCUUACACACGAGGAAGAGGGCGGUCUCCGACACUCCUCGGGAGAACCUUGCAGCAACCAGAAGCGUCGAGAGGACGAGACGCCACCGAGACGCGAGCAGCGCGAUGUUUCCAGUCAGGAUCAGAAAGACAGACGUGCAAGCAGCCAAGCAAAAGGGACACUGCGAAGAGACAAACAGAGUUCACGUUCGCUCGCCAACACCCGCGAGCCGGGUGCGCCGGUGGAAAAGGGACCGGAGGAAGACAAGGGCGAGAGUCUCGGACUAUCUGGUAGCCUCAUUUCGGGACGGACCAAGGGUGAUGGAGUCUCUUAUGCGCAGAUUGUGCCAAGGGCGAAAGAGGGCAAGGAGCGCAAAGAGGCAACGAUGAGCGAGGACUUGACACUGCCUUGCAGACCGGACUUGGGAGAUGAGGCGACGGAGAAAAUUGAGGACUCCCCUGCCUUUCUUGUCUCCUGUGCCGGUGAACCGAGCGGACGUGCGACGGCAAAAAGAAGUGCAGAGAUUCCGGAUGCAGGAGGACACAUUCCAGCGGCAGGGCGCGGUAUGCAGACCGGCGAAAAGACACGGCGAGCCGAACCGAGCAAAGAAAGACAAGGAACAAUCGAACGACCUGGUGUUUGGCCUACGAAGGGGAGAAACGGCCCUCGUAGACAGUCCACCGAGGCGCAGAAAGGAAAGGGACAGGAGCAAGAGGGCGAUGGUGCGGCGGAAACGCAAAGGCGUAAAGACGCCUCCUGCGCAGAGCUGACCCUCGUGCCAGGCCAAGGUGUGGAGGCGUCUAGGUCUCUGUCCCGAAGUCCCUCCACUGGCGACGAGCCCGCACCUCCAUGCGGGAAACAAGGCGCGGGCCAACAGCACAACAUGUCAGUGUGUCACCUUGCGUCCUUGUAUGAACAGGUCUCGACCGCCACACAUCCCAGCGCGUUCGCGCCUUUUCUAGGGCGAUUUGACGGACUCGAAGAAACGCCUCGUUCAUUGAUCGACCGUCGAGGGACCAGAUGCAGACGAGGCGCGGUGAGAGAGAAAGGAGGCAAUGCCUUUUCGUCUCCCGUGUCUUCGCCGUGGCCUGCUUGUGGCGGACACGCCCCCUCAACGCGCCGUUCUUUCACUCCAACGACGGCAGAACAGUGGGACGAGGGCGAAGCAGGCCAGGAAUCGCGCUUCACAGACGACCCUUCUCGGAGAGACCAGGAAGUCCUCUUCCGAGAUGAGACAGGAUCUGUUCACCUUCUCCGUCUCCUUCCUGCCUCUGCUGCCUCGGGGGAGGACGUUCUCCCUCCCACGGACAGGCACUCUGGAGCCAGUAGACUGUCAACGGAUCAGGAGAGGUCGUCGAUUCCCGAAGGAAGAGAGAGCGGACAGUGUCUGACUUCUUCCGGGACGCGCCACAGCGCUUCUUCCUUCUCCAGAUUUUUGUCUUCGACUCCUGCUUCAGAUCGACAGGCAAGGGACGAGGGCAACGGAGGCUCUGUUGCAGCUGACGCAAAGCGAAAUGUCCACAAGAACGUGGGAUGUGAGCGCCCGCUUUCGAGCGCCUCGCCCGGAGUGGGAGGCCACGCAGACAGCAAGUGUAUCGACGCCGCAAACGCGGUAGACCGAGCAUUCGCGGAGACCAUGAGGGAGAGGAAAGGAGACGUUUGUGGUGGAGUACAUGCUAUCGAAGAAAAGCCGGAGCAGUGUGAACCCGGAAACCCCAAAGGAGACGGCGAGGGCGAAAGGUCGCCCCUGUCUGGUCAAGGCUGCGGAGCCCGCGACACCCGUUUGAAUCGGAACGGAACGAAAGACAGACAGAGCUGCGGAACCCCGAACGAAUCAGAACUGUCUGGUUGGAACGAAGAAAACGCGAGCAACCUACCUCAUCUUCUCUCUCCUUCCAUCUUCCAUCAACGCUUCGCCUCCUCUUCGCUUUCGCGGUCCGACCCUUCCUCCGGUUCAGCCUCCUUGGCGGCUUACGCAGGAUUUCGCGAAGUCACGGGUGUGUACCCGCUUGUUUCCAACACAGCUGCCAAGUCUCUCGGGUGUCUAGACAGGAGCCAGAACGCUGUUCCGCCUCACACGGGAACUAAACAGUCUCAAGACGAUGCAGACUGCGCUCCGCUCCAAGGCCUCCUGGGAACAGCGAACUGCGAAGCAGUGGAAACCGCAGCGACAGAAGAGCAGAGAGAAGAGAAAGAAGGGAGACAAAGAAAGACAGACGACUUGAGCGCGAAGGGAGAAGUCCCUGAAUCGGGUGUCGCCCAUUUCCGUAUUGCGUCUUCUUCUUCAGAAGUGGAAAGACCCGAUGUCGAUAUCUCGGUUCUCGCGUCUGUCGAUCCGUAUCGCCGUUGUCUGGGAGUGAGGAAACGCGCUGAUCCGGCGGACUUCUUUUUCGCAAAAGACGCCGCUGCGUCGUCUGCAUAUCCUCCGGGAAUGGCAACAACGCCGACACGCACAACAGCGCCUGCCUCUCUCUUUUCGUCUGGUUUGGUGUUUGCUUUGGGGGUUUCGCCGCCGCUGCCAACAGAGAAGCGAGAAAAAACGAGCGACUUGCUUUCGUGCUUGCGUUCUUCGUCGAUGCCGCUGGAACCCGAGACAGUCGGAGAACAAGAUUGUCUUUUCUUUCCUUUCCCGGCUGCGCUGAAAGCGCCCGAUCUGAGGGCGCAGGAGACGGCAGACCGCCUUGAGAGAAGGGAGAAGAGCGAAAGGAUUCCGCCCCGCGGAGAAGUCCAAUCCUUCGCUGCCGCCUUUGCUUCAAUUGAGGCACAGGCGAAGAACGAACGCGAGGGGGGAGACGCAAGAGACGAUCGAGGUGACGAUGGAGAACGCGAGCGGCGAGUCUGGCUUUCAAGCCGCUCCGCUCCUUUUCCUCUCUCCGCACAAGGCGAACAGGGCGAAGCCUCUGGGAGACGCACGAGGGUCGACUUCUCUUCGUUGCACCACAGAAAACAGACACCGCCGGCCGCGUCUGAGGUGCUCUUUUCCUCAGCGAUGAAAGACGACACGGGUUCUACCUGGGAAGAACCAGGCAGAAAGCGGGAGACGGCGCAGGCUCGUGAAAGCAGCGGGAAAAGAUGGAGAUCCCGGGACGAGGACCGACCGCCGAUGAAACGCGCCCUGUGUGUGGGGUGCAAUUACCUAGGAAAAUUCUGCCAACUUGACGGGGCGGCGGCGGACUGCCUCAGUGUCGCGAACGUCCUCCGCUACGACUUGGGCUUCGACAGUGUCAGGUGUCUGUACACAGACAAGACGCUGACAGGACCGACGCAGGCUGAGGAGACACUUCACUCGCCAACCAAAGCAAACAUCCUCCGUCACCUUGUCUCCCUUGUCGAAGACGCCUGCGCUGGAGAUGUGAUCCUCUUCUUUUUUUCUGGUUGCGGCGCUAUGAUGUCGCCUGCUCACCCGUACUUCUCGGACAUCUCCGAUAGUGCGUUGCUGCCCGACGACUUUGAAUCUCCCGGCGUUCCUCUUCGGCUUAUAUUCGGGUCUGAGCUGAAGGCAGUUGUCGACUCCGUUGCUCCAGGCGUCCAGUUCUGUCUCAUCUUCGACUGUUGUCAUGCGCAACGCUUCCUGCCUGCUCUCUCUGGCUGCGGCUUCACCGCAAAGAAAAGGGAGAUUCCCUCUCAUAGUCUCAAAGGUCCUUCGCUGUUCAAUUGCUCCUCUGGCGCCGGCGUGCUUGCUUUGCAAAAACCCAAGAGGGACGGAUACCUCUUUGCCUGGCCGCCUUCCGCUCUGCCCCCCUGCGGCUCUGCGGUUCCUCCUCUCCCCUCGUCUCUUUCUUCUCUCUCUUCCUUCCUGCCUCGAGCGACGCCUGGCCGCUCGGCGACAGACUCUCACCGCGCUUUUCGCGUGAAGUCUGCCGGAUUUCUUUCGCCAGCUCUUUCACAUUCCGCGCACGAAAUACUCGCCCGAGGGGAACGCCUGGAGUCUGGAGGCCUGCCUGGGAGACAGGCGACAGAGAGUCGCGCUCUCUUUCCCAUUUCUGCUUCGCUGCCAGAGAACCCCGCAGGAAGCGCGUCAAUUUUUGUCCUGGUGCCCGACGACGCGACGCCUGCUGCUGAGGUUCUCCUGCAAGGCUCUCACAACCCCACCGGCUGGUUCACACAUCGACUCCUGUCCGCAAUGAAGAAUCUGCGACGAGGCGCUUCCUACUUCGACGUCGCUGAUGCCGCUGCAGUCGCGCCGAUGCCACUACAUGCAUCCUUGUUCUCGCCGCUGGUGAUGGAGAGAGCGAACGGGGGCUCUGUGGGCCGAGGCACCGCAAAGGGAUUCGGCAGCGAGCGUGAAGGCUUGUCGUUUCUCUUCACUGGAGAGGAACGUUUUCAGCUUCUCUUCACACCCCACACGCCGCCGCAGUCGCUCUGCUUUCUCUCCCGUUCGUCCCUCUCUUGCUGCUCUUUCACUCCCUUUUCGUCUUCCGCGGCGGCAUCCGGUCUCGUCAAAUCUGCGAUCACAGAGGACAACUUCCCCGCUUUCCUGGACGAAGUCCGAGCUCGAGAAAUCGCGGACGCGGCGAAAACGACACAGACAUCGCAGGACUCCGACGCUGGAAACGGGACAGGAGACGAGCUGGGAAAUCGGGGUUCCUGA